AUGGAUAGUUGUAAGAAAACUAAUAGUAAUUGGAUUUUAUGUCCUUCGAAAAGUAUUCCUGGCAAAUUUUAUUAUUUCAAUGUGGUCACUGGAGAAGCCGUGUGGGGAUUAGAUGAUGAACAGACAAAUGCACUAAAAAAGGACAAUAAUAUACCAAAAAUGGCAGACAAAUCACACACAUAUCCUGAACCACAAAUACACAAAACUUUUGAAGAAUUUUCUAGUGCAUCGAACUUUUAUUCCAAUAAUGGAUAUUUAUACCAACAGACUCAGAGUAAAACAUGCCCAAGAUAUGGCCAGGCAGUUUUUCCUCAAUACUUUUCAAAUGUAACUCCUUUGUUAAUGCCAAGUAUAAUAUGGACACCAAUCCAAAUGCCAGUGUCCAUGACAAAAGAGAAAAAUGUUUUAGAUCGAAAUACUCAAACUGCUGAUAUUGAAAGUAAUUUUUCAGUUCAAACUUGUACAAUGCCACUGUCUAAAAGAUUCACUUUACUGAGUAAUUCUAAGAACGUUGAUACUUUUGGAAAUUCAAAUGGAAAAAUUGCUACAUCCAGUCCAAUGUGCACAAAAAAUUGGUGGAAUAAAUCAUCUGUGUUGAAAGAAAAUACACAAUUAACAGAUCAGACACAACAACAGAAUAAAAAAAAGUUAGAACAAUCCAAUAUAAUCAGAGAGCCGAAGCUGAAUUGCCAAAAACCUACUGUUAAACAUACUGUUAGUAGUCAAAAUAUUAAACCAAAUAAAGUAAAUAAUGAAUCUAAUAUGGAUUGUGAAGAAGAAAGAGAACAAGUUGAAGAUAAUUUAUUAAGAAAAUUAGAUAAAAAUGACUUAAGAUAUUUAUUGGUUUCUAAAAGGAGGAAAUCAGUUGAUUUGGGUGUUUUACAUAAUGAUAAGAUAAAAGAAGAAAAGGAAAGCAAUAAUUCACAUAAUGUGUCUCCGAAGAAAAAAGUGACAUUUAAUCUCAAUACAAGUGAUAAUGGAUCCAAUAUUUCAAUAGUAAAUAGUGAUGAUACACCAAUAAAAAAAUCUUUACCAAUAAAAUUUUUAAGAGAUCUAGGAAAAAUAGUGGAUCCAAAUACUACCUGGUAUAUAGUUGUGGACCGAGAUAUAUUGCUGGAUGAUAUAGAUUUUAUUAUGGAAUAUAUUGAGGGGGAUGAAUAUUGUAAAUUAUUAGUAUCAGUAUCGAUUUUAAAAAAUAUACAAUUACUCGGUAUCGGGGACGGCAAGCGCUCGAUAGUUCUCAACGCCCGCCAGGUGUAUAGGCGACUGACGAAUACUUCUAAUAAAGUACAUACAGUAGAUAUAAAAGAAGGUGCAUCAAUGCCAGAUGACGUUAUAAACUGCUGUCUGCAAGCGAUUGAUGAAAAUUUACACGUGACCAAAGAUGACUGUGAACCUUUUGUUAUAAAUAAUAAUGAUAUUUUAUCUGAUUUGAAUGAUAAUAUUUGUGAUGAUAGAAAUAAUGAUAAUGAUACAAUAGAUAUGAUAGCUAUAAAUAAAAAUAUUCUCGAAUUGGAUUUAAAUAGUUCAAAAGAUAUUAAAAGAGUGAACAAAAAUAAUAAAUCCGAUAAUAAAAACAUACAUACAGAUACAGAAAAAUCAUAUAGAAAAGAUAUAGAUAAAUAUAUAGAUACAGCUAAAGAUAAUAAAAAAUAUAUACAUAUGAAUGAGAAAAAGAUAGAAGAAAAUAUUAAUUGUUCAGAUGCUAAGGCUAACGAAACUCGUUCUUUUAAACCAUUGGUCUUUCAGAAAAUUUUCUUUAAUUCUCAAGAUGUUUUAAAUAAUAAACCUGCUUUAAUAAAUGUUGAGGAUAAAACAACAGAUAAUCAAGAACGAAGAGAUUCUAUAAAAAAAGAUGUCGUAAACAAAAAUGAUGUAAUAACUCCUAAAACUUUAAACAAAAGUCUUCGUAAUGAAGGGAAAGAAAAUGGUGGAAUCCAUGAUUGGAAAAAUAUCGUCUUAACCAUAGACAAUGAUUCAAACAAUCGAACAGCAACAGAUAAUAAAUGUCGAAUUGAGGACAAACUAAAAAGUUUUUAUAUAAAAGAUAAAGUAACAGAACAAAAUAUUAUUACCAGAAUGGAAGAAUAUAGCUGCUGUUAUAUACAGAUAAUGGAAGAGUUUUUAAACAUUGUUUUAAAGAAAAAUAAAUUUGUUCAAAAAAUUCUACCUUGCUCUUUCCACGAAGGAUUAGAAUGUUUGAAAGAGUUUUAUUUUGAUGUUAAAAUUAAGAAAAUAAUUGAAGAGUUAUUGUCGCUUUGGAAGAAAGAAGAUAAAAUCAAGAUGGAUAUAAAGCCUUCAGUUUUGAUGCGUGUAAUAUGGCGUGGCUGGCUCUUGGUGGACUCUUUAAAGAACACCAUACCGUAUGAUGUUAAAGAAAUAGAAUAUAUGUUUACAAAAUUAAUGGAAAACAUGGAAAACCCCAUCACAGAAGAUGUCGAAUUGAUUCAAACGCCGAUACGAAAGAGUCAAGAUCAAAUUGUUAGAAGUAACUAUAUUAAAGAUGAGUCUGAAAUUAUUGAAUAUUUGAAAAAAAACUUCGCAAACUGGAAAAAUUAUGAAAUUACAAAACCUGAUAAAGAUAUAAAAAAUAUUGGAUAUAACGACGAUGUACAUAUAAUAAGAACGUCUGGCAAACAUUUGAACAGAUAUAAAAUAGAUAACAAAAAACAAAUAACGUUCAACAAUAUAUGUGAUAAAGACAACAAUAAAGAGCCACAAAACGGACAGACAGAUCUAAAUAUACCUGUUCUACACGAAAAUACUUUCGAUGCUAAUAACAAGGAUGGCCCGAAAGUGAUAAGAAAUGUGAAACCGAUAGAUGAGUUUGAAAAGAGAAUCACUAAUAAACAAUCGAAUCUCGAUGAUCUAAAAUAUUCUGGAAUAGUUGAAAUAAUUUCAACUGCAACUGACAAGAAUGAUAGGUCAAAUAAUAAUAAUUAUUAUAAAAAUGAUAAUGAUAAUUUAAAUAAUAAUAAUAAUUUGAAGAUCAAUGAUAAUUGUAGUAAAGAAAAUGAUUAUCAGAAUAAUGAUGAUUAUUCAUUUGAUGAAAGAAAUAAUAAUGACACACCAGAUAGUGGGUUCGAAAAUGAAAGUAUACACACUUGUACGUUUAUACGAAACUUUUUGAUUGAUCUAAGUUCUUCAUUUAAAUUGAUUUAUACUUUUAUUCAUAAAUGUCACGAUGAAUUCCUCGGCGGAGUAAUGGAGGAGACAGACAAAAAGAGUUUAUAUGAAAAAGCGGAACAAACGCACACACAGAUGAAUGCGAUAAUUGACAAGCUGAAAAGUAUAAUUGAAAGGGAAUCUGCGGAGAGUACUAAAUUAAAGUUGCUACUAGUAAAGGCUGGUCUUGAUGUAACUGAAGAUAAACGUAUAGCAAGAUACAGGCAAACGGUAACAAAGUGUUUGGAACAAGCGCAAAUUCUAAACUGCAGUUUGAAAUUAAUACUGAGUACAAAUAAAGAUGACGUCACGGAUGACAUGUCGUUAAUUAGUUAUAAUUUGCUUAGUUACUUUAAUAUAUUCGAA